CCGGGCCCAGGAAGUGACGGCGGCGGCGGGGCCGGAGAGCGUGAGAAGAAUGGGUUCUGUGUCAGAGGAGCUCAGCUUGGUCCCCUUGCACCAGAGGCCGGAGCUGCUGGAAGCCUGUGCGGAGCUGCUGGGCGAGGAGUGGGGGAAGAGCCGUGCGUCACGGCUGCACUCGCUGCAGCGCUCCUCGGACGCCUUUCCCGCCUGCCUGCUGCUGCUGCGGAGCCGCGGCGCCAGCGACAGCCCUGCCACCCGGCAGGGGCCCUGCGAGCUCGUGGGCCACGUGCGACUGUCCCGCGUGCUCAGCCGUCCCCAUGACCUCUUCGUGGAGAGCGUGGUGGUGGCGCGGGCGCUGCGGGGCCGGGGCUACGGGCGCCGGCUGAUGGAGGCCGCUGAGCAGUGGGCCCGGGCCCGGGGCUUUCGCUGUCUGCGCCUCACCACCCACGACAAGCAGCAUUUCUAUGCGCACCUGGGCUAUGUCCUGGGCGAGCCGGUGCAGAGCGUGGCCUUUCUCAGCCCGGCGAUAUCCUCUGAGGUGCUGCGGCUCUUCUCCGCCCCUUCUGGGGCUGCCGCUGCCGCCAGCACCAGGCCGUGGGUACCCGCUGUGCCCCCGCCGCCCCUCGCUGUGCCCCCACCGCCUCCCCCACCCACUGUGAUCUGGGCGAGGGGUGUCCUGGCUGAGGGCGGCGAGCAGCAGAGCGUCCUGCAGACCCCGCACCGCGAUGCCAAAGGGCUCCCCAUCUUCUGGAUGAAGAAGGACAUCUGAGGGGCCCCGAG